AUGGCAGCAUGUUUGCGUGAUGCCAUUGACUUCAGCCAGAGGCAGAACUUGACGAGAGGUGAUCAGGUUGGCGAAUCCUAUCCAGCAACGAGGCCGUUCAGCCAUACUGUGGGUCUUUGGGAAGGGGACUGGGCAGCAAGCUUCGUGACCACUGCCGUGGCCCGUAUCCUCAUAGAGGAGCGCAUGGGCUACAACGUUGUCACGAACGGGCCAGGUACUGGCACUGUUACGGCAUUUUACGCCUUGGUUGGAUGUUUACGGCCCAACAACAUCGCCGAUCGGGGAUGCGGCCAGACAGUAACUCACAACCACGUAGUCCUCGAGGCAUGGCCGGAAGCCUAUGCCGCUGAGAUUCAGGAGGUCGAGUCUCUGUAUCCAUCCAUGGCUCCCGUGUCCCUGGGGAGCAUGGGCUACGAUGGAACGACGGGAAUUUUCUUCCCCUCCAAGAUCUUGGAUUCUGCUUACCAUGACGCAGGUAUUGCACUGGAUUAUUUCCGCGGCUGGAACCACUCCUGGAGCGAGAGCUGGAACUACUUCGAUAACAUAAUUGGCAUAAACAAGAGCCUCGUUCUUCCAUGCAACGAGACGAGAUUCCAGAUCUCGAAGGUCAACGAGGAUUACCUUCGGUAUACAGGUGAUUCCGAGGGAGUGGAGGUUCUUCCCAACGGUGAGCUGGUGGCAAAAUGCUUUGACAACCGCUUCUGGCUCGCACCGGGCUGCCGUGCUGACGUGUUCAAGUGCGUUCCCUAUGUCACCGGCGGGGCGGGAUGGUGGUUAGACGAUACCAUGCAGAAAGCCGCAGCCUACGACAUGCCUCUUGCCGUGGGGGUGGCCAGAGACCUCACAAAAUUGCCCUUCCAGAAGACAAUGAGCUUCUAUUCAUGGAGCCCAGAUACGACGUUCUGGUCACUGGACCCUACAAGAAUCAUCUUCCCUCCGAACGAUUUCAGUGCCCACCUGAAUGGGGACAAAAGGACUGCAGGUGCUGAUUCCUUGGUUGCGAAGAUCGUUAGCCAGGACCUGGCCAGCAUGGCACCCCGUCUUGAAGAUCUGAUCCGCAGCAUGAGGUUCAACAUCAACGAUGUGAAUGCCAUGAUGGGAGAUAUGCUAGAAACCGGCGACUCCGCGCAAGAGGCUGCAUGCCGCUGGCUUUUGGUAAAUCCCAAUUCUUGGCAGUCUUGGUUGCCGGACAUGACGAAGUGUUUCCCAGGGUUCGGCUUGUAUGACACGAACCGGUCGGAGUUCGUGAACAACAGGGACGCUCCCACAUUCCUGGAAUGCCGUGCCUGCGAGUCAGGCAGGUUUUCAUCGCGGUUGGACGAUACCAAUGGUAUCACAUACGAGUGUCGGCGGUGCGAACCUGGAACGAGCCAACCAUCUGGCGCAGCCUUGCAGUGUGACAAGUGCAACCCAGGUGAAUUUCAGGCCAACACCGGCAGCAAAGCCUGCGAUCGCUGCGACAUCGGCUCCUACCAGGAUAGGGCUGGCUCGCCAUCUUGCGUCGUUUGCCCGGAUGGCAGCACCACCUUGGGGCUGGGCUCAAUCUCUUCUGCGGACUGCGGCUGUGAGGCUGGUUUCAUUGACCAGGCUGGCGAUGGCAACUCGAGCUGUGUGUCUUGUGGUCUUGGCCUCUCAUGCCCAGCUCUGGGCUCAAUCGUAGGCCUUUCAUCGGGCAGCUCACCUCUGGGAGAGCAAUUCGUGCCCGAAGUGCAGAAGGAGUUCUACAGCUCCCCAGAGGAGCCGCUGAAGCUCUACCGAUGCUUCUUGGCCAAGCUGGAUAGACCAAGCUCAUCAAAGUAUUGGAUCUGCACGCUGCCCGGGGGGCCGACCAGGGACCUGCCAUGGCGGGCUUCAGGGAACUGCCUGCACGGAUUGCAGCGAGGCAUGGAGGGCCAGAUCUUCUCAAGCGGUGAAUGCCGGGACUGCACCGUCUGGCAAAAAGUCGGCUGGGUGGUGGGUCUGGCCAUGAUAGCAGUGGGCCUGGUCGUCGCAUAUUACAUGCUAACCCUGCCAAGUACGGCCAAGGCCUCUGUGCUGUUCACCACGGCCUGCUCCUUUGGUCUGACAACCUCCUCACUGCAGAGCCUGGGCAUCGUGGGCAUGAUGACUGUUGACUUCCCUGCCGACUUGAGGCCCUUCUUCGACUUUUUGCAGAUCUUUUUGCUGGACAUCGACAGCCUUGCCUUCAGCUGCGUCGCUGGGAACUAUGCGCCAGCGAGGUACAUCUCAUCGGUUCUGUUCUUUCCUGGUGUCGUCUUGUGGCUUGUGGCAUGCAACUUGAUGUCCCGCAGCCUUGCCGAAACGUACCGGUGGGAGGUCAGCAAGACCUGUAGCGUUGCCGGCGCCAUACUUCAGGUGGGAUUCAGUACCAUGAGUACAAUCUCCAUGGCACCGCUCAUGUGCUUCAGCCACCCGAACGGUGUACACAGUGUCCUGAAGUACCCCGGAAUCACCUGCGGCACCGCGGACCACACCGCCAUGCUUGUUAUGGGUCUCCUGUUGCUGGCCUUCGGAGUGUUGGGAUUCCUGGUCCUCUGCACCUACGCAGUGGUCCUGGCGCCCAGGUGGAGCGCUCAGGGGAAGCACGGGAAAGUGAAGGCGUUCCGAUUUUUGCUCUUCCGGUUCCGCUUGGACAGCUGGUGGUUCGGCGUACCGUUGCUGACACGCGGCCCUUUGCUAUCGCUUCCAAUCGCACUGGCGACCGACUAUCCUCCCAUUCAGGUCAUGUCCAUGGCAUUUGUGUUCCUGGUCUUCCUGGUACUCGAAUGUCGCGCCUGGCCAUGGAAGGUUCCCCUAUUGAAUCUACUGGACACAUUCCUCUGCAUGGUCAUGACCAUGCUUGUGGGCUCCAGUUCGCUGCAUCUGGGACCGAUCGAGGGGAAUAUGAAGGACUUUGCCAAUGUCCUUGCCUCGAUAUUGAUGGCGCUGCUGGCGCUUGCUUUGGCCGUGCUUCUUAUGAUGACCAUGGCCGCUUUGGUUUACCGUGCCGCCCUGGGCGGACAGCAUGAGCUCUUUUUCUUCAACCUUCAGAUGCAGCCGUCGUCGCAGGAUGUUUCAGCCAGGUUGCAAGCCACGGCAGCCCUGCUUCAGAACAUGAAGGAGUCCGAGCUGAAGCAAGCGAUCGAGGUUUUGUCGGUCUACGACCUCGGCUUGUUGUUGUCCUACGUUUCCCUGACACGCGCGGAGAUCGUGGCAUCGGAAAGAACUGGAGAUGACUCGCUGGACAAGCUCCGCAUUUUCUCCAAUUCCUUUGCGCCGCCAAAGGCCAAGAUCAAGAAGAUGGCGUCGAUGGCGAUGGAAGCGCCAACGCAGCUGGGUCGGCGUGUUCGCCAGACGGUGCUGAGGCUAACGGCGGAGAUGGACUCCGGCAGAUGCAGCGGCUUUCGGGAAGAUCCUCCCAUGGGUGGGUUUCUUGGAGAAGAUCCUCCCAUGGAUGGUUUUCCUGGAGAAGGUCAUGGCCAAACGAAUGAAGAGGAGGAGAUCUCCCAAGCUUCGGUGGGGAAUCAACGGGAAGAGAUGGAGGAUUACCCUGUGAAUGUGCGGAUGGAUGCCGCCAAGAAAGUGAGCUGGGUGUGA